AUGCCCAGCCCGCUCUUCGCCCUGCCCACGCUCAACUUCACCGUGACGCAGGUGGCGGCCGUGUGCGAGACGCUCGAGGAGAGCGGCGACAUCGAGCGGCUGGCGCGCUUCCUCUGGUCGCUGCCCGUCGCGCACCCCAACAUCGGCGAGCUCAACAAGAGCGAGGCGGUGCUGCGCGCUCGCGCCAUUGUCGCCUUUCACAGCGGCCACUUCCGAGAGCUCUACUCGAUCCUCGAGCACCACAAGUUCACCAAAGACUCGCACGGCAAGCUGCAGGCCAUGUGGCUGGAGGCGCACUACCAGGAGGCGGAGAAGCUCCGCGGCCGGCCGCUCGGCCCCGUGGACAAGUACCGCGUGCGCAAGAAGUACCCGCUGCCGCGCACCAUCUGGGACGGCGAGCAGAAGACGCACUGCUUCAAGGAGCGGACGCGCUCGCUGCUGCGCGAGUGGUACCUGCAGGACCCGUACCCCAACCCGACCAAGAAGCGCGAGCUGGCGCAGGCCACGGGCCUCACCCCAACCCAGGUGGGCAACUGGUUCAAGAACAGGCGGCAGCGCGACAGAGCGGCGGCGGCAAAGAACAGAACAACUAUAGGGGUAUUUCGCUGA